AUGUCAAAUCCCUGGGUUCCUCACAUCUUACGACCCGACUAUACUUGGCCUCGGCCGAUAGCUGCCAUCAUCACCGACAGAACUCCACCAACUCCAAGUGUUUCAAGCCCGCCAGUGCGCCGAUUUUGGGGGGUGAUUCAUAGUCUUCUUGCACGCUUUUCGGAACUAUACUGUUCGUGGACCGGUGUUCCGUUCUCUAGACAGAUUAUGCAACUUCCCUUUGGCCUCGUGUUGAAAUGGACAGAGCGUGUACGCAUCGAGGAGGUUAUUGCCAUGCAAAUGGCUCGCGCGGCUGGCAUGCCCGUCCCAAAGGUCCUGUGCUAUGGGGAGCACCCAGGUUCCUGGCGACCGAUCUCAAUCCUCAUGACGCGGCUACCGGGCAUCGACCUUUAUAAUUCCUUUGAUCUACAGGCUUGGAAGAAGAUCCCUGGGUUGAAGAACUUCGGCAAUGUUUGGACGCGAUGCGUGCAUGGAAGAGCCCCUUUGGCAAGUCUAUUUGUUCAGUGCUAG